CCUGGUAUGUGCCAUGUCUAGCUUCACUUGAGACCCUCCAAGAGUUAUGUAGGAAGGAAAAUCUCACAUGUAAAUCCAUUGGAAUCACCAACAGGAGUCUAAAGAAUUAUGAGGUGGAAUAUUUGUGUGACUACAAGGUAGAAGAGGGCAAAGAAUACUAUCUGGUGAAAUGGAAAGGAUGGCCCGAGUCUUCAAACACUUGGGAGCCUCAGAAGCAUCUGAACUGCCCAUUGCUCCUCCAGAACUUCUUGAGGGACAAGGAUGAAUACUUGUCUCGGGUGAGGGAAGGCAAAGCACUCAAAGUAAGAAACCACAUUAAAACUCUGCAGCCUGCGGUUGCAGAUUACAUCGUGAAGAAAGCCAAGCAAAGGAUAGCUCUGAAGAGGUGGAAGGAAGAGCUCAACAGGAAAAAGAACCACAAAGCAAUGAUCCUGGUGGAGAACACUGUGGAUCUCGAGGGGCCUCCUGUAGACUUCUACUACAUCAAUGAGUACAAACCUGCCCCGGGGAUCAACGUGCUCAACGGGAUCACCACCGGCUGUGAGUGUGCUGACUGCCCCGCCGAGAAGUGCUGUCCCAAGGAGGCUGGCUUUAUUCUGGCUUACAAUAAACACAAGAAGUUGAAAAUACAGCCUGGUUUGCCCAUCUAUGAGUGCAACUCAUAUUGUAGGUGUGGGCCUGACUGCCCCACGAGGAUAGUACAGAAAGGUACACCCUAUUCCCUUUGCAUCUUCAGAACCAACAACGGUCGCGGGUGGGGAGUGAAAACCCUCCAGAAAAUCAAAACCAACAGUUUUGUCAUGGAGUACGUGGGAGAGGUGAUUACCAGUGAGGAAGCAGAGAGACGAGGCCAGUUCUAUGACCACCAGGGCAAUACAUACCUGUUUGAUCUGGACUACGACUCAGAUGAAUUUACUGUAGAUGCAGCUCGAUAUGGAAAUGUGUCCCACUUUGUGAACCACAGUUGUGAUCCAAACCUUCAAGUCUUCAACGUGUUCAUCGACAACCUCGACCUGCGCCUCCCUCGAAUAGCACUGUUCUCUACCCGACCCAUCAAGGCUGGGGAAGAGCUAACCUUUGACUACCAGAUGAAAGGUUCAAUAGAUCUGAAUUCAGACUCUGCUGAGGGACUCAGCCCAUCCAAGAAGAGAAUCAGAACUGUCUGUAAAUGUGGAGCUGUGUGUUGCAGAGGUUAUCUCAACUGACCUUGAGUACCCAAAGUCACAGACCCUUUUGUUCUCUUCAACGUGUUUUAAGAAGACUCUUCUUUCACACACAUAUUCAAGUAUUCUUACAUCUAAUGUAAAUAAGGACAGUGA